ACUCUUAUGAUGAAUUCCGGUAGAAAAACAUUGAUAAUUGCAUGGACUUGUAUAUUGUUUGUCAAUUUAUUAGAUUUCGCUCUUUCAGGUGAUAUGGGUGAUGGCUCGUUAAAAUAUGAGGAAUUUGACAUGUGCUACAGAUACGUGAACUGUGAUUCAGGUGACGAAGGUUUUGCUGAAGUGAUGAAAUGCUAUGAGCAUUUGACAGAAGAAGACUUCGCGAUUGCAGAAAACUUUACUAAAGAAGCUGCUAUUUUGGCUGGACAUCCAUUCCAUUCAACUGGUUUGGUUCCUCUGAGAAAUGAAUACUGUGCCUGGACGGACGAUCAAAAGUCGGCAAUAUUUCACCACAUCACUGGACUGCUGAUAGACGCAUUUACAGCUAUAUGCAGCUCUCUCAAAACAAGACAUCAAUGUGAUCACUUCGAAAAAUAUCUGGACUGUGGAUUUUCUUUGAUGGAAAAAUACGCAGCUAUCGGAAUAUGUUCAGUGCUAGACAGAUAAUUUUAUGCUUUUCCAAUUAAUAAAAAGGAAAAAAGAUCAAAUCAAGAGUAUUAAUAAAAUUGUGUAUCUCUGAUCUAAUGUAUAAUUUCGAUCUCAAAAUGUACUUAACUGAAGCAUAAAAUAAAAUAAGGAAUUCAGUGAAGCUGAAAUAAAGAAACAUUUUACUGUAACUAUAAGGUAAUUUAUGAAUAAACUUCU